CAACUUUGGCCCUCGAGUGAAUAUUUUUGGCCCACCGCCCAUUGUCUUUUUUUUUUUUUUCUUUUCUUCUUUUUUAAAUUAUGGUUUCCCCCAGCAGUAUGAAAAGUUCUUUUAAUGUUUAUUCAUUGUUGCACUUCCCCACCUGACCACAAAUUAACAUUACAUUACAUCGUGAGUAGGGUGGCGCUGUUGUUCUUUAGUCAGCUCGGAUCUGGAAGCCAAUGAUCAUAGAAUAAGUGAAAAGACGGCGUGAUCAAAUGUCAGAGAUGGAUCGUGGAAGGCAGUGGCACACUGACAAGAGAAAGUUUAAAAGUAGUUGGGAACAUGAGUACUUUUUUACAGAAAUAGAUUUUAAAGCAGUAUGCCUAAUAUGCAAGCAGAAAAUCGCUGUUUUAAAGGAGUAUAAUCUUCGUCGACACUAUGAAACGCGGCAUUUUCAUCAAUUGUCAAAGUAUGCAGGAGAGGAGCGAAAGGUGAAGGCUCGAGACUUGCUGUCAAAGCUAACCUCCCAACAACGUACCCUACUCCAGCCGUCAACAGUACAAGAAAGCGCCACACGGGCAAGUUAUCGGAUUAGCUCCAUCAUCGUGAGAAGUGGACGGCCUUUUGCGGUGGGUGAUUUUGUGAAGCAGUGUCUGACAGUUGCAGCUGAGACCGUGUGUCCAAAUCAAACGCGGGCUUUAUCUCAAAUAAGCUUGUCACGGAACACUCUGGCCCGCCGUGUUGAGGACAUGGCUGAAGAUGUUAGGGGCCAAAUUGUCCAGAGAGCUAGUCACUUUUCUGCUUUCUCCAUUGCUUGUGAUGAAAGCAUGGACAUAACCGACUCGGCCCAACUCCUAGUCUUUAUUCGAGGCGUUAAUGAGAACUUUGAUGUGUGUCAGGAACUAGCGGGCCUUGAGACUCUGAAAGGGACAACAAAAGGGGUGGAUGUUUUUAUGGUAGUACAGAGAGUUAUGGACAAAAAUAGCUUGAAGUGGGAAAACCUAUGUGGCAUCACUACUGACAGAGCCCCGGCUAUGGUCGGUAAAAGAAAGGGCCUCACUGCACUUGUGUCAGACAAAGUCCGUGAGUUUGGCGGGUCACUUUUGAAAUAUCAUUGUAUUUUACACCAGGAGCAACUGUGCAAUAAAUCCACUGGCUUGAAAAAUGUGAUGCAAGAUGUGAUUGCCAUCGUCAAUAACAUUCGAUCAAAGGCGCUCUCACAUCGUCAGUUCCGAGCUCUCCUGGAUGAGAUGGAUGCACAGUAUGGAGACGUGUUGUACCACCAGAAGGUCCGGUGGCUAAGCAGGGGGAAAGUUUUACGACGUUUCUUCGAACUGCGCGAGGAGAUUAGGGCAUUUCAGGCAACAAGGACAAACAACAUUCAAGUGCCUUCAGACAAACACUGGAUUUCCGACUUGGCUUUUCUCGUGGACAUUACUGAGCUGCUGAAUAUCCUGAAUCUUCAGCUUCAAGGGAAAGACCAGAUCAUCAACCAGAUGUACGAUCACAUCAGAGCCUUCAAGCAAAAACUCCUGUUGCUCAGCAGACAUCUCUCAACUGGAAAUUUGGCACACUUUUCAAGCCUCAAAGAAGUUGGGUUGAUGGAGGAAAGCACACCAAAAUACCUCAACAUUCUUAGUGAUCUGGUGGUGGAGUUUGAUAAUCGCUUCAAAGAUUUUCAAGAAAAUUCAAACACAUUCGAGCUGUUUGCUCAGCCCUUCUCUGUACACGUGGAUGUUGUCAGUGAGGAGCUUCAAAUGGAACUGCUGGAACUUCAGUCUGAUUCAGACCUUCACAGCAAGUCCUUGCAGGACUUUUACAGAUGUGUUCCUGCACACAGGUAUGCCAAGAUCUGCAAACAUGCACAGGUGAUGCUCUCCCUCUUUGGAAGCACAUACAUCUGUGAGCAGGCUUUCAGCUUGUUAAAUCUCAAUAAGUGCAAAUUGAGAAACUCACUGUCUGACUCUCACGUGCAUGACAUUCUGACUUCGUCUUUAAGUCAGCUGGAGCCUGAUGUUGAGAGACUCUUACACACCAAGGACAGGCUCCAUGUCUCCCACUGACAGAACUUCUGCAUAAAACAUGCACUUAAUUGUAUGGGUAUUCCAGAAACAGUGAUGGAUGUAGCAUUUUGUAUCAAACAAUAACUUCCUAUUUCUUAUAAGUACUCCAAAUGUAUUUUAUGACAACAGUUUUGUUCUACAUCUUCUUCGCAGUCACACUGCCCUAGGCAUAAAACGUUUGUCAAGCAUGUUAUGCUCAAUAUGGCUAAUUUUUCUACUUAAAUUAAUACAGGGAAAAAUCUAAAGCCGGUAGUCAAUGUUAUUACUGUUAGUGAUGUUAAAAGAAUUGUUGAAGGCAGUGGAAAUAUUUUUGGUCUCGUGGAUCUAUUAAUAUGUUUUACCAAAUGUUUUUGAAGGCCUAUCUGGAUGUUUAGAAAUUUCAGGCUGUGAACACAAUAAUAAAGUUAUAGUGUUAUUCAUUUUCCACAUUACUUUGUAUGAGGUUUUAUUUUGGACAAUUAGGCUAAGCAUAUUGAAUUUCAUAAAAUACAACGUGAAUUUUUAGUUCUGGCCCACAACCAUCCACCCUGAGCCAUUUUUGGCCCUUCGCUGUAAAGAAUUUGGA